GCCAAUGGGGGCGGCCGGCGGCGGGGCCGGAGCCAAUGGGCCGGGGCGGGCCGCGGCGGGCCGCAGGGCGCCAUGGGCCGCGGCAGCGCCGUCCCGCCGCCGGGCCGGGGCCGGUAGCGGCAGCGCCGCGCUCGCCUUUCUCCUCCUCUUCCGCCUCCUCUUCCUCCUUCUCCUCCCUCGGCGGCGGCCACCGCCUCCCCGCGCAGCCGCCGCCGCGCAGGACCCAGUGCCCGCCCCUGGGGCGCGGCGCUGCCCGGCGCCGGGGCCGGCACGGCACGGCUCCGUGAGGCGCGGCCGCCCCUUCCCCGCGCCCCUCCUUCCCCCCUCUCCUCCCCUCUCUCCGCCCGCCGUGAGGGCGGGAGGGAAGCGGUAGCCCCGAGCGGGAGGCGAGGGAGGCGGCGCGCUGGGAGCCAUGCGGGAGUACAAGGUGGUGGUGCUGGGCUCGGGCGGCGUGGGCAAGUCCGCCCUCACCGUCCAGUUCGUGACGGGCUCCUUCAUCGAGAAGUAUGACCCCACCAUCGAGGACUUCUACCGCAAGGAGAUCGAGGUGGACUCCUCGCCGUCGGUGCUGGAGAUCCUGGACACGGCGGGCACCGAGCAGUUCGCCUCCAUGCGGGACCUCUACAUCAAGAACGGGCAGGGCUUCAUCCUGGUCUACAGCCUGGUGAACCAGCAGAGCUUCCAGGACAUCAAGCCCAUGCGGGACCAGAUCAUCCGGGUGAAGAGGUACGAGAGGGUGCCCAUGAUCCUGGUGGGCAACAAGGUGGACCUGGAGGGCGAGCGGGAGGUCUCCUUCGGGGAGGGCAAAGCCCUGGCUGAGGAGUGGAGCUGCCCCUUCAUGGAGACCUCGGCCAAAAACAAAGCCUCGGUGGACGAGCUCUUCGCGGAGAUCGUCAGGCAGAUGAACUACGCCUCGCAGCCCAACGGGGACGAGCAGUGCUGCUCCUCCUGCGCCAUCCUCUGAGGGCGGCGGCGGGCCGGGGCUCGGCGGGGACACGGCGGGAGCCGCUCCGCGUCCCGGCCGGCGCGAGCCGCGGGGCGGGCGCUGCCCCGGGCAGCCGCCAGAGACACUCACACACACAAAAGACAAGAAUCGUAAAAAGAAAAAAAAAAUCGUGUUGGAAAUGUGGCUUUUUUCGGCAUGUACGUUUCGUCCAGUGUUGGUCGUUGCAUAUUUCCUGUCAGUGUCUGCCGCGGGCCGCUGCCGGGCGGGCACGGCGGGGAAAGCCUGCCCGAGGAGCGGCCCCUGCCCGCCGGAGGAGCCCAGCGCGGCGCCCUGCCCGCUCCGCUCCGCGCCCGCUGCGCCCGACCCCGCUGCUCCCGGGCCCGCAGCGCCCCGCGCCCAGCCCCGGGAUCUCUAUGCAAAGUGGGGCGGCUGCGCCAGGGCGCCCGGCCCGGAGAAUUGCACAUCGGAACUGGGACUUUAACUUAAAACACUGAUGCCAAUACAGUGUGGGGUGCCAGAAAGUGUCUGCUGAUGAUUCGUGAAAUAAUUUUCUAUUUUGUUUACCUGCUGUAUCGGAUGGGAGUUUGCAGGAGAGUGGUAGCGUGUUGUUUUUUUCCUGUUUUGGUUUUUUUGUUUUUGUUUUGUUUUUGUUUUGUUUUUGUGUUUUUUUUUUUUAAAUCAGCUGUGAAAAUGUUACAAAUCUGCACAAUUUUUUAGGUGUGCGUGCCUGUGUGAUUUCGGUUUUAUUUUAACUUUUCUUCAGCGGGUGGGAGCGGUGGUGUUUUUGUUCCGAGGGUUUUUUUCUUUAGGUUGGCAAUAACUGAUUUUGAUGACUAGCUCUAAAGUGCAAAGACUUCCUAUAUGUGAUGCAGGGCCAACAGCAACCCUGUGUCUAUAGAGUGCCUUCAAAACUCAGCUGUUCCAGCCGGUGCCAACCUGUGAAAGCUCCACAGAAUCCCAUUAUCUACUACUCCAAAAACUACUUAACAGUUUCCUUGCAGUAAUCAUUCCGAACAAGCCAGGACAAAAGGGCCUAUUGUUAGUGGAAUUUAUUUCUUAUUUCCAUCUGAGCCUUUUAACUGUUAUUUCCAUGUCUUGCAAGUUCGGGUUUCAUUUACUUCAAAUUUACAAGAAUUUAGCCUUUUGGGAUUUUGGGGGGGGGGGGCGCUUUUUUUUUUUUUUUUUUCUUCUUUUUUCCUUUGAUUUUGUUGUGGGAUGUACCUCCAGCCAGCAAAGAAGGAAGUUUUACCGUUGUGAUGUACCAAGAAAAUCCUAACAACUGUCAUUUUAAUUCCAGACAUGCAUUUAAGAGAUGUCUAUCCAUUUUAAGAAUUUUAAUACAAAUGCUGUUUUUUAGAAAACAACUUUGUGCGCUUUUAUGUAUUACAUGAAACACUAACUUUCACAUAGGCUGUUGAUCCUGAUGUAUAGUAUAUCUUAAUAGAAGUGAAAGGCAGGGGGAGGGGGGCUCAAUUUAGCUAAGGACAGUGUUUAAAAAAAAAAAAGAAAAAGCAAACCACGAGAUUUCUAUUUUAUCUAAUAUUUAGUCACUUUUAAUACAGUUUUUCAUUUGUGUUUAGGUCCUGAUGCUAUGUGAUGCCAGCAUGUGAGUGGAACGCUGUAUUCAGUAGGUAGCUUAGGAAGGUAGUGUGUCUUCAAUGCAAAAGGCCUUGUAAGAUUAGGCCAAUCUGUGAGAUUCCUUACUGGGAACAGCAUGGUUUAUUGGGGUAAAAUUCUAAAGAUCGGUUAUUUAUAAAAUUUAAGAUUUUAAUCUCAUUGCAUUGUAACUCUUCAAAAUUAUGCACCAGGGCAUUAUUUCAAUUCUGGUUUGCAGGGGCAUUGGGGUGGGAGGACACCUGUACCUUCUGUCAUUUGGAGCUUCUAAAGAGUUUGUUUACCUUUCUUAGCCCCUUCUUUAAAGAUUAGCACACAAAUCCUGUAACAUUUUUUUCCUUUUUCUCCCCCCCCCCCCCCCCCCCCCCAUCCUAUCCCAUGCCAAGAAGACUGGAAAUUAUUUUACAACGUGAAAACAAUAAUUGAACAAUGAUGCAUAAACGGGUUUUUUAAUCAGGCACUGAAAACUAACUGCCAUGAUUCCUACUGUGAAUGUGAUCAUUUCUGGUUUUAAGUAGGAAAAAAUUCUGCUUCAGCAAACAGUGUUUAGUAUUAGUUUAAUUCUAUGUACUGAAAUCCCAGUGAUUUAGAUGAAAAUUAUAAACUUGUGAUUUAGUUGAAAAUUGAAUACUUUAGCAACAUCCGGUAUCUACUAAAAGUCUGGAAAAGAUUAUAUACCUAAGUAUUGAAUGUAUCUCUUCUUCUGAGCUGACAUGUAUCCUUCUGAUACAAUCAGUCAGGUUGUAUCAGACUGAUACAAUCGCAGUUAAAAACAAAGAGGGUUGGAGAAGGCAACCGGAGUGAUGGUCCCUCAACUUCUCCUUGAGGCCUUCAUAUAACAAGACAAAUUGAUCCAACCCCUCAUUUUUAAAUAGAAACUGAAAACCCCUUUGCAGCUGAUCUUCCAGAAAUUUCUAAAAAUUAGUUAGAAUCCAGCUCCUCAAGGACUUGCAUGUUAAAUGGGCAGAGGAAUAAUGCUUAUUAAUAGUAGGGCUUUCUUUUAACAAAAAUACUGCAUUGAAAACUAAGAGAGCUUGACUGCUGCAAUGUCUGCAGUUUAAAAACACUUCAUGUCUGAAGUUUUUAAAAAAAUAAUGCCAUAAAUUUACAUCUCAGCUAUUCCUAUGGUUCAAUUUUGCCUUAAAUUCACUGGGAUUAUAUAUUUUUUAGCACCCAACAGGCCUUGCUCUAGAUCAGUUUAUUGACAGGAACUCAUUGUGCUUAAUAAAAGCAGGUAUUUAUUCUGUUCUGCCCAACAGAUAGCAGAUUCUUCAUGUUUUCUAAUGCCUCCUGUUUCCCUCCUGCCUGUGUUGUGAUUGAGGAAUAAUGCAAAAAUGGGUGUUCGUAGCACACGGCGGCACAUAAAAGUCCAGUAUUUCUCAGCCUAGCAGAGCAGCUGAAGGCAGCCUGGUACGUUCUGGAUUAUGCUGGGGUUUUUUGUAGAUACAUUCUAGUUCUUGCCAAAAAAGUGUGUUCGGUGAAACAGUGAAGCAUUUCAGAAACCAUAGCAUGGGUCUAAUCAAGAGGUUUGAAUGUAUUUAGAUGUUCGGUGUUCUCUAUGACUCUGUGAGGACCGUACAAAAAGUAGAGCUCAGUAGUCUGAUCUUGCAAAUACUCUGAAGUGUUUUGGUGCUUGUUAAACAUAGGCCUUGUCUAUAAAGUAGAAAAAAGUCAUACUGCACUUUAACUUGACCGAGUAAUGAAAGCUAUAUUAGCUUCUACACUUGAGGAAAAUGUUGUAUCAAUAUAAAGGUACUCUCUUAUUCCUUUUCCCUGUGGGAAUAUGUUAUACCCUUAUCAAUACAAAGGUGGUAUAUAUCUCUUUUCACAGUCAGAACUGCAAAUAUUUAAUUGAUUUGGAAGAAAAAUUACAUUCCCAGCCAAAAUACUUCCUGACAGUGCAGAAAUUGUGUAAACAAGGCCUUAGUUUAAGGCUGGUCUUACGGCCACAUAUUUUGCUGUACAUGAUGAUUGUAUUUUUAAAAAUCCAAGCUUGUUCUAUUGCAAGAAAGCGUGUCUUUGAAAUCCUUGUCUCUGUGAUUGUAAUCGUGCAGUAUUCUCGACCUCAUUUUCAAUACAAGUGUGGUUCUUAUCAACACGAUGCCCAGGCUUUAUUGAUGCUUACGGUUCUGGAGAUGAUGUUGAAUUCUGUGGCUGUGGGAUUCCUGACAGUUCUGCUUCUCUCAAAAGAAUGUAUGGCAAGUUUUUUAUUUAAAAAAUGCAAAGAGCAUUUUAAAUAAAGGGCAGCUGGCUCUUUAUGACUUCUUCAUUGGGAUGCACAUUGCAUGCAGGUGUUGCUCAGUAUCAGAUUUCCUCGAGGAGUGACAGAAUGCAGAAAUUUCCAUGUUCUUUAAGAAUUUUGUACAAAAAUGAGUGGCACGCAUAUUCUCCCAUUCAGAUGAACGGACAGCUUCCAUGACUGUAAAUGGUUGGAGCUCUACUGCUGUUAGAAGCUCUCUUACUCUCCAGGUUUGUAUAGCAGGCAACCCAGACGCUGCUCUUUGUGGACCUUCACUGCAUCUAUGGAAACUACUGUUUGGAGUGCCCAUUUACAUUCUGGUGAGAUUUGAGACUUGAUGUAGAAGCAAAUAUGUGCAUGAGCUCUGUUUGAAGGUGGAAUAGUUUUAAAUAAUGAUCAUAGCUUGUGGCUUACUCCUGCAGUGUUUAUAGCCUCAUACAAAGUGUGUACGUCAAAAAUAUUCUCUUUCCUGUCAUAUUGUUAUAGUGUGGUGUUCCAAAACCUUGUUUUUGUAGGAAUCCAGCACUGCCCAACUUCUAAAACUUUUUAUUUGGGGCUGACAAUCUUUGGUAAAGUUGUGUAUAGCAAAUGAGAGUGAUUGGAUAGCAGAAUUUUAGUUCAAACACCUAAAGAUAUUCGAGUUAUGAGAAAUGGAGUGGAAGUGUAUUGCUGGAGCUGGGUGCAUUGAGUUUGGGUUUUUGUUGGUUUUCAGUUUUAAUUUGAGUAGACCACGGGUUUUGUAGUCUGUAAUCGAGAAUCUCAGUGUAUUUCCCAAGUAAGAGUCAGUGUGUGUGUGUGUGUAUUCUGACUUCAUUGAGGUUGGAAUCAAAAUUCUUGCCCUUGCCACAGGUGAUAUCAACCUCUGUGAUCUCAAUUCUGCGUGUAGUCAGUAUCACGCUGAAGAAAACUCCCAAUGAAACCUGAACUCAUUGACCAAUAAUGGGCUAGAGCAGGGAGAUUUACGUGCAGAAAGCUUAAGAACAGCUAUUAAAAUUUCCCUAUAGCUAUUUUAAACUUUUUUGAGGGUAUGACUGCUCUAAUAUGCAUCAGGUCCUGCUUUACUACUGUUGAUGCUAGAGCAUAGCAAUUCAGUAGAUGGCAUUGUGCAUAGCAUAAAGAAAAUACUGUAUCUAAAUACUUAAUCUGCAAUAUCUUAACAAGUCUUAGAUCCUACAUAAAACACUGUAAAAUUAGAAGUUGGUUAACCAGAACUUUUAAGUUGUUCAAAUAAGUCUUAAAGUAUUGGAAGCAGCUGCUCUGUAAUGACUUUAUUUUAUUUUGGCAGUCUCUGGGUGUUUUGGAGGUUUGGGCAAGGAGGAAGCUUUGAUGAAGAAUCCAGAGCUUUACUUUGGUAAUUCUCAACAGAGAUACAUUUGUAGGACAAUGGUGUCUGAUAUGUAACUUCAGCUUUAAUGGCUUAAAACAAAUUUGUUUCUAAAAAGCUCUUUAAGAGAACAUUAGAAAAAGUGCAUAUUUAAUAGAUGUGAUGUGCAGGUAACAGACAGAUCCCAGAUGUUUCUCCUCUGCCUGAUUGACUGCAAUUGUGCAAGAAGUGCUGUAGCAACUAGACCAAUCAGAACGACAUUGCUAAUUUUUUUGCCUGUUGAUACAGUCUUCUUAUCCUGCUGUAUUACGGUGCUAGGAUGAAAUGAGAUGUUUGAGCUUGUUUGGUGGAUGGUUGUAAAUUGACUUUCUGCGUGAAAAACUAACCUGAAAUGGAAGUUGGGUUUUGUUUUUUCUUUGAAUUAGGUAUUGAAAAAGAUAGAGGUCAGCAUUUGUGUCAGUAUUUCCUUACUAGUUUCUCAUUUAUGGGUGUAUUAAUCUAAAGCUUUGUUUCUGCAGCAUUACUACUGUUAACCCAAUUUAAACAAUUAGGAUGAAUACUUAAAAAUUCAGGUUAGAGGUAGAGUUCCAAGUAGGGUAGUAAGUGCUGAGCUUACAAUUGGAUAUUUGCGUUUGCUCUGUUAUUAAUAGCCAAGAUAUUCAGGUGUAGAGCCUGAUGUGAGUAUCUGAAUAGAAGUUUUGUUUUAGCUGUUAUAAGUGGUCCACCUAAAAGUGUUCCUGAGAAACACGAAUCUUGAUGCCCUUGUGAUAGCAUUUGUUCUGAGAGUUGAGAACAGAUGCAAGAAUAAGAUGCAUUAUUUACUGUUGAAUUAAAACUUGAGUUGUAUCAUUUUCCUGUCUUGCCAAGAGGUUGCAAAACUGGUAGUGUUCCUUCCAGCUGUGGUGUUUGCAUUCCUGAGGUGGGGAAGCAGCAUGCUUUCCUGAUGGGAGAGAUCAUUUAAGUUCCUUACCAUCUUGCAGCCUCUAAAUAGUUCACUGCAUCUGUGAUAGAGUUAGAAAUUAAAAGGAGGGAGCAAGAUGUUUCUGACUUGCAGAUCUGUAUCAAGGGUGUCUAGAUCCAGGGGUGUCUAGAUCAGUCCUCUACCAAAGCCCUGCUUCUGGUUUCCAGCUUCAGCACUGAUUCAGCAUGUUUCCACCAAACAUCCAAAGCUUUCUACACCUCAGUUUCUCCAAGUCUGUAUUUUGUUGAAAUGUCCAUUUCAAUGCAGGUGAACUGAUUUUGCAUGGGCGUUUGGCUCUGGCAUUGCAGCCACAAAUGCAGUAAAGGAAGAUGAUCGGGAGAGGGGGAUUGAGGACACAAGAAAUACACAGAAAGGAUACUAUCACUUAGAAGAGUGUGUGACUUUUUUUCCUCUAAGACAGACCUAAUUAUUGGAAGCAAGUCUUUGAGUAUUAGGUAACUAGCAGAAGUCUUGAUUUAACCAAGCCUUAUGCUUAAAUUGAAAAAGAUACUUAAAAGUCCUUUGAGCUGGAGGCAUGGUACUUGAAUGAUUGCAGAGAAUUAUCUUUGCAGUUUUUCAUUGACCUUGGUUUGUUUAAAUAUUCUAAGGUUUAUUAUUUUGAUAGUUAUCACUAGAUAGAGGAUGUGUUUAAGUACAAUUUAAUAUUUGUAUUAGUUAAAUGUCUCCAUGUUGUAGGGAUUGAUAGACACAGAAAGUAUGAAGUGAUGGUCUGUUUACUUACUGAAGGCCUUGCCAGAGAUAAAGAAUUAAAAGAUCCAGGCUUCUGUUUUCAGAAAUAUGAUGAUGCACAUAAGAAUGCUUAAUGUAACUUUCUAAAUUUAUGGAUGACUUCUCAGAAAUUGCUCAGAAUAACAGACACCCUUUUCGACAGGAGAUGACUGUCCCUACUCUUCACUGCUGCUUGACUAGCCAUGCUAUUGCAGUAUUUUUUUUUUUCUCACUAUAGUGUGAAAAACCGUGAUCUUUCUGCUGCCAUGGGUGUUUGUCAGACACGGGCUGACUUCAUGACUUCAUUGCUUGCUUGGAGCUCUGGCAUUCUUCCUCUUGUAGGUUGCGUGGGGGAGGAGGGAGCACAGAUGAUGCAGUGAUGAUGAAGUGGUCGCUUAUCGAAACCCUGGGAUGGGAAGCUGGCUCACAUCUAAACAUUUGAGAGUGUGUGCAUCGUUGAAGUUAUACUUGAAACCGUGCAUUCAUACAAUACAUGCAACUCCUUGCUCUGCAGUGUUAGGUGUUUGUUGUAGGUUUGCUCUGGGAAAGCACUAACAAAGAACUGUUUCCUGCAAGGUGAACUGAGAUCUUGCAGUGUACUCCUGUGGCUCCUGUAUAGCUGGCAUCCAGCAGGCUUGGAGGAAAACAGUUUGGCAUUUUGAGGAAGAAGUAUGCAUAUGCGUUGUAGCCACUCUUGCUUGUCCAGAAAGGUAGUUUGAAAGAUAAGUCUUCUGCAGAUAUCCUGAAAAUACUUUCUGUAGAUGUGUUUCUUAAGAAAUGCAUAAUGUGACUCCUGUUUAAGUUCCUCUGCUGGAUCAUAGUUUUUUCCCCUCGCACACCACCCCUAACAGAGCGAUGAGGUCUGCUUGUUCAGAGUCUUGUGGGUGAACAGAAACUGAAUGCAUGUUCAGUAUUUUCCAUAUCUGUAAUAAAAGUAAGUUUGGGGCAUUAGUGUACAUACACAUCCAUGACAUUUAGUGUAUUAAACAAUGCACCUUCCCCACAUUUUUAUGAGAAAGAAAGAAGCAAUCAAGAAGUAGCAGUGCAGGGCUAAUAACAUACUGGCUAGGUAGGGCAGGAAUCUGUGAUGGAGGACUGUCUUUUGGGUUUGUGGUGUGGGACUAGAAGCAGGACACACAUCGCCAGGUUUUCUAAACACCAGAUGUGAUUUCUGUGGAAGGUUAGGAAUUGGGAUGUCUUGCUGGAGGCAGGGGGAGUUUGGGAGAAAAUGGGUUGAAUUUUUCAGAUUCAGAAAAGAAAUAUAAAGUAUAAAAAAGCAUAAUUCUGUGUAUGUCGUGGAUUGAAUUUAUUCCACCCCCUCCCCCCCCUUUAUGAUGCUAAGCAGAUUUGAAAGUGCAAAGAAAGUUUGCGCAAUGACUGUUAUCCACCAAGGAUGAUGUUGAUGAUCUGAGUUUAUACUGAGUUUCAUAACUUCCCUACACCACUAAUCACCAAAAUCUCUUGUAAACUGUGUGGAACUUUUUAUAAUGAUGGUUACAAUGUGACUCAAGGUAGUUGGGAGCCAUAUGUAUUUAAGAGUGAGAUUAGUGAUAAUUUUAUUCCUUGAAUGAGCUACAGUAAUAUUACAUACCUCAGUUUAGUAUUGGGAGUUUGCUGCCAAGUUUAUUUGAUGAUUAACAAAGUUAAGAUGAAAGUGUGCUAAUGAAGUACUUGAAUAAUUAAGUUUCUAAUGUUUGAGAUCUUAAUUUCUCUUUUUUGAACAUUCCGCCGUGUUCCAGAUUGGCUGGCUGUUUUCUGCUGUGUUUCUUUUUUCAAAUGUUAUGUUUGCUUUCGUGUGGGUUUUGCUUUCUCUUUGUUUGUCAGAUCUUUCGGGUUUUCCUUUAAUUAAAGAUAAAAAGAGAGGGGAGAUUCACAUUUGAGUUGCUGUGUAGCACAAACUGCCUAGAUUCCAGAAAUACAGGCCAUGCACUCCAUGUAUUUUUGCAAUAAAAUUAAGUUUAAGGAGAACACUGUAUAUUUAAAGUAUUUCUAAGGCCUGGACUCUCAAAAGAGUAACAGCUUGAAAAAGCUUAUUUACCGAAGAACUAGGUCAGCCUGGGAGUGAGUUAGAGUGUUCACAGGUACUUAGAUAUUUAUUCACUUACAGUAUUACUAUACUUCAACCUCUGUAGCAAGAGUGAAAGUUACAGAUUUCUGAGCAUAAAUAUUUAUGCACAUGUACAAAGUUGUAUCUGGUAUGCACAGUUUGGGAAACAUCCACAUUUUUCUGCCCUUAGCAUAAAAAUAAUUAAUUGGAUGCCUGCACUCACUGAAUAUCAGACCAGGAGUGUAGAAACUUAGGUACGUAUUUAUCUAGCCAAUUACAAGCGCCUAAAAAGAGUUUUCUUGAUUCCUUUCAAGCAUUUUUGACCUGGUACAAACUAAUUUUCAGCACAGCUAAACCAGAAAAUCACUGUGGUUAUUAAACGUGUGGAGCCUUUUGCCAGAUGUGGGGACAGCAACCUGUUGAACUUGUCUGAAUUGUUAGUGGUCAGUGCUGUUUGUGAAUAAAACUGCUAGCCUUGUGUUUUA